AUGCAUUGUCCCUGGAAACAUUGUGUGUCAUCACCUGCCUCCUUCGGGGAUGAGAGCAGCGUCUGGUCAUUGGCAGCAGGUCCUGACCCCUUCCUCUCGAUGCUGGCAUCCAGUCCAGGGCUCAGGGACACCCGCCUGUGGUUGAGUACCACAGUCUCAGAUGGAAAGGGAGCUCCAGCAUGGCUGCCUCUGAGCUCAGGUUCUUCCCAGCCUCUUUGCUCUCCAUACAGUAGUGUUCCCAAGGCUUCCGUCUGCCGGGCACAGCCUGGUUACCGCCUGUCUGAGCCUCGCCUUCUCUGUUCCCAGACAAGUGGGUCGGGUUGUGGUGCAAAGCAGUGUGCAUCCUGCCGCCCUGCUUUGUUGGUCUGGAGCAGAGAAGAUGCAGACCCCCCUCACUCCUCAGGCCACUUGUCCAUCAGCCCAGGGUUCCCCGUGUGUGUGGGUUCCCAGCAGGCAUCAGGAAGCAAAGACCCCAGAGCUGUUCCCCACCCUCAAACAUGA